UAAAUAGAAACCAGAAAAAGAUACACUAAAAAAAUAAAGAAAGAAGAUACGCGUACGACUUCCACUCCACCGCUCUGUAACCAAAGAAAUCAACCGCUCUCGUUCUUUCUCUCUCGGCUAGUCUUCGUUUCCUUCAAUCUCUCGCCGCUCAAUCUCUGCCGACUGCCACCGCUCUCACUCUCUCUCGCUUUUGCAGAAUCGCAGCCUAGCCUCUGUUUGAGAGAUGAGGAGGUUUUUGGUUCCUAGAGCAAGUAUUGAGAAUGUGAAUGUUGUGCAAUCGGAAGCCGAAGUAGAAGAACCACCACCUAAUGUGGUCAAUGAGUUUAAUUCAAAUGAGAUUGUGCGUGAUCCGGGUCUUAGGAAACAAAUUCAUGAGUAUGCUCCGGAUAUUCAAGACCAAGUGAGGAGGGCAUAUAUAUUGAAGGGUCCAACACAACCAAUUUUGGAAAAAUUUCCUCGCACUCAAUUUGCUAGAGAACCAAGAACAAGGGCAUUUUGUAAAUCAUGGUAUGAAAAGUAUACAUGGAUAGAAUAUAGUGAGUUCAAGGAUGCAGCUUAUUGUUUCCAUUGCUUUCUCUUUAAGAAACCCGGGAGGAGUGAGCAAUUUGGUUUUGAAGUCUUCACCAAAUCCGGAUAUAAAGAUUGGAAGCAUGCAUCUAAAGGCUUGCAAGGUCAUGUUGGUGGUCAUGGUAGUAUGCACAACUCGUGUAUGAAGGACUAUGAUGAUUAUAAUAAUCAAAGACAAAGUAUAGGGGCUAAGUUUCUUAGAGCAACUAGAGAAUCUGAAGAAUUGUAUAAGAUUCGUUUGACUUGUUCCUUAGAUUGUUCAAGAUAUCUCAUAGCACAAGGCAUGGCUUUCCGUGGCCAUGAUGAAUCCGUUACUUCUCUAAACAAGGGCAAUUUUAGAGAGAUGGUAGAUUGGGUAAAAUCUAAUGAUGAAAAAGUGAGAGAUGCUUAUGACCGUGGUUCAAAUGAUUGCAAAAUGAUUUGCGGUGACAUUCAAAAGGACUUUGCAACGUCUUGUGCAGCUGAAGUUAUGAAGGUGAUUAUGGGAGAGCUUGGUGAUAUGUUAUACCGAGCGGGAGAUAUUCAAGUCACUUGAUGAUAUUGAUAUUAUCCGAUCCUUCACCGCAAAGAAGUCUCGGAAAGGGCAUUUACCUCCUAAUUUUAUGUAGUAUACUAUUGGUAUGUUAUA